GUAAUUUUGAGGCUUCAUCUGGAGGGAUCAGAAUAGCAGAAUUCUUAAACGAGAAGACAUUGGGAAAGUUGAUGGAACAAAAUAUUGAAACCAAAGGGAAGGUGAAAUUAAUACUUAAUUUGGAAAUGGCCAUGUCUUGGUUGGGUGAUAGAUCUGAAUUCUUGCUAGGACAUCAACCAUGGAAAUUUUACUUGGAAAAUAACCUUUCUUGUUCCUUAGUUAAGAGAAUUGCAGCUGGAAGAGUAUAUCUGUUAACUUGCAGGUUAAAGCCUUGUAGACCUUCCUUUUCAAAGGAGGUAGGUAAAGAAUUAAAAGAGGAAGAAGUUGAUAGGUACAAAAAGGAGUUUGCAUCCAAUACAGUACUAAUCUCAGAAGAUAGAAACAAGGAGCUGCAGAAUAGUAAAGAAUUAAUUCCUGCUUUGAAAGGCUGGAAGAAGACUGAACCAAAUGACAUUGUUACCUAUGAUGUUUUGAUAUCGAAUCCAAAUGCUUUGUCUUCUGGCUUGAGUUCUUGGUCCCAUUUUCGAAAAGGAAAGGCUACUUAUUAUUACUCAGGUGGUUGGAAUGGUAAGAAUGCAUACCAUAAUGGUGGAUAUUGCUAUGUGAUGGUGGGCAGUGAUCAAUGUAUCUCAAGAGUUUCAUCUCUGAGUUGUUUUAUCAAAAAAGGGUUGGGAGUAGGAUUGACUGAGAGUGAAAUGGCAAAGAUUAGAGGAAUGCCAGGGGUCUGUUUAAUUGCUCCAGAUGGGGGUGGAAUGGCUGACUACCGGUUUCAGUUGGCUACUAUAGAUGCUGCAAUUUCAAGGAGUGAAGCAACUGAAUCUCAAAGAUUUGAGUUAUAUCCUGCUAUUAGCAAAAGGAAGAAUAAGCAAGGGAGGAUGGGUGAAGAUCAGUACCAGCAUGAUCAAAGACACAGGACUAAUAUUGAUGAUUGGAAGGGAGAGGAACUAUUGCUGUUGUUGCUGGAAGCAGUGAGAAAGAAGAUUCAAGUCCUGAAGUUCAGGAUCCUGAAAUUUGAAAGAUAUUGGGAAGGGAGAGGAACAAGGAAGAGGAAGAGGAAGCAGAAGAUUUUGGCUUUCUCCUAUUACCCACCUUGAGGACAAGGUGGAUGUUUAGGGGGGGAGUAUUGAUAGGGACCUACCUAUUAGAAUAAUAUUAGAAGUAAUAAUAAUAAUAUUAGUAAUAAGGGUCUCUAGUAUAAAUAGAUGUAAAGUGGGAGUAAUUGGGAGGCUUUUGGACUGUUUAGUCUUGGGACUGGGAAGAUCGAGUGUUUGCUCUUUCUUUGGGGGGCUUCGGCUCAGUUUGGGGGCUUCGGCCUUUGUACUUGUUACUGUUCAUCAUCUCCUUC